UUAUUUUUGGUUUUCGCCUAUAUGUUGCAUUUGUCAGUGCUAUCGUGUAUUUAGUGUCGCGAGGAUCAGUAAGAGCGCUCAGUUAUUUUCAUUUAUCCAAGUUUUAAAGGUAGAGUGACAAAUAAACAAGAAGCAAAAUGGACGCAAUUAAGAAGAAGAUGCAGGCAAUGAAGCUUGAGAAAGACAAUGCUCAAGACAAAGCCGAUACAUGCGAAAACCAGGCUAAAGAUGCCAAUUCCAAAGCCGCUAAGGUUGAAGAGGAAGUUGCUGAUUUGAUCAAAAAAUUGGCUCAAGUUGAACAGGAUUUGGAAGCACACAAAAAUGCAUUGGAGCAAGGCAACAAGGAUUUGGAAGAGAAGGAAAAAUUACUCACAGCAACUGAAUCAGAAGUCGCUGCAUUGAAUCGUAAAGUACAACAGGUUGAAGAAGAUUUGGAAAAAUCAGAAGAACGCUCAUCCACUGCCAUGCAAAAAUUAUUGGAAGCAACACAAGCUGCUGAUGAAAAUAACCGUAUGUGCAAAGUAUUAGAAAAUCGCUCACAACAAGAUGAAGAACGUAUGGAUCAAUUAACCAACCAACUUAAAGAAGCUCGUCUUCUCGCUGAAGAUGCCGAUGGCAAAUCUGAUGAAGUAUCACGUAAGUUGGCCUUCGUUGAAGAUGAAUUGGAAGUUGCUGAAGAUCGUGUAAAGUCAGGAGAAGCAAAGAUUAUGGAACUUGAAGAAGAAUUGAAGGUCGUCGGUAACUCAUUGAAAUCAUUGGAAGUAUCAGAAGAAAAGGCCAAUCAACGAGUUGAGGAAUUCAAGCGCCAAUUGAAAUCAUUGACAAUCAAGCUUAAGGAAGCCGAGAAUCGUGCUGAAUUGGCUGAAAAAACUGUCAAGAAAUUGCAAAAGGAAGUUGAUAGACUUGAAGAUAGAGUUCGCCGUGAAAAAGACAAGUAUAAAUUCUUGUGCACUGACAUGGAAGCGACUUUCCUUGAAAUGGCUGGAUUUUAGUGUGAAAACUUACACACACAUUUCUGAAAAAAUGUUUUCCCAUUGUUCUUAUUCCUUUUUUGUUAUUAUAAUGAUCAUCAUCAUAUGUGUCCAUUUCUGUAUACAUCAAAAAUUCACAUUAUUACUACUUGUAUAUUUAGUAUUACACAAUUAUGAUCGUGUUUUUUCGAUUGAGAUUCCUCAUUUUAUUUUAAUUCAUACAUCCAUGAGUUAACAACAAAGCAAAAUGAAAUUUGAGGAUUCAGAAAAUGAACAGAAAAAAAACUGAAGAAAAAAAAAUCAUUUUCACACAUUUUAAAUUUUAAUUUCAUUUGUUUAAUGUUUCUUUUUGAAACUAUUUUGCAGACAAACUCGCAGUCCAAAAAGAAACUUACAAUGCUAUCUGCGCGGAUAUGGACACUACAUUUGCCGAAAUGGCAGGAUUUUAAAUUAUACUUUAAUUCCGAUCACAAAAUUACUUCUUUCGUUCUUAAAAUAUCACUUCAAAAUCCUUUUAUUCCAAAGCAAUUUCUGAUCCAACAAACAUAUGCCAUAUAUAGCUAUAUAGAUAAAACAUUGAUACAAUGAUAUAUGAAUUUCUUUAUAUCACUGGCCUAUAUACCAAUCAAAACCAUACACUGAUUCAAAUUUCAUGAACAAAACUACAUUAUUAAAAAUUCAUCCAUUACAUGAUCAUCGACAUGUAAUGAUAUUCUCCUCUCGUACAUCAUCGUACGUUAAAUUCCUUCAAAAAAUGAUACGAAAUAUAGACAAAAUACAUAAUAUUUAUGAUAUUGUACUUUAUCUAACUUUCACCCUCAAAAUUCCUUAUAAUUUCUCGAUAAUUAACUCUAUUCUCUAACAUCUAAUGCAUUAUUGUCACACACAAACACUUUUAUUAAUAACAUUCUGCCUAC